AUGGGAACCCCGAACAGUUUUCCCUGCACACCACCGCCACGGCGACUGCCUGUCAACAUGACCAGAAGAGCAAGGCCUCUGGAUAAUUUGAGCGGAUUACGACGGCUAAUGCAAGCAAUCAUAAUAAUUUACAGACUUCGCAUUUAUCUUUUCUCUCUUUCUCUCUCUCUCUCUUUCUCUCUCUCUCUUUCUCUGUCGCUAUCUCUGUUUACUGUUUAUAUUAGCAAAAGCAAGUAUCUACCUUUAUAUACACUCUCUCUCUCUUUCUCUCUCUCUCUCUCUCUCUCUCUCUGCCUUACUCGCUUUCCCCCCUCUUCUUUUCGCUGUAUCUCCACCUCUUUCAUUCACUUUCUGCUUUUUUAUUUCUCUCUCUUUUUCCUUCAUCAUUCCUCCUCUUCCUUCCAUUCAUUUUCUCUUCCAACCUUUCUUCCGAUUUUUUGUUCUUUUUUCCCAUUCCUAACUCUGUCCCCACUAUUCUUCCAUUCGUCACUCUCUAUUGCAAUCUCUCCACCUCUCCUCUCUCUCUCUCUCUCUCUCUCUCUCUCGUUCUCACCUUUCUUUUUUUUCUCCCUCACUUCUUCACUCUGCUUCUUUUCCAUAUCUCUUUCUUUGCGUAACUCUCUCACUUCUUUUUUUUUCUUUCCAUCUGCUUCUUUCUUCCAUUCACACUCAACUUUCUCUUUCUCUCUUUCCUUUUCUAACUCUUUCUCUCUCUCUCUCCUUUUCUUAUAUAUUUGUCUCAAUUUGCUAUAA